AUGCAAGAAUGUGUGUGCACGAGGGAGGAAUAUGAGUUCCUAGACUUGUCAGAUGUGAAAGAAGCAGAGCUGAGCAGUCUGCAGUGUGCACUGUUCGAGAGGAAGCCAGACAAUUCUGUGACCACAACCACCACAUUGAGUUGGAAAGAGCCCGCAACAGAUUUUUCAUCGUGUUCAUCAAGCACAGCGGGCCCACCGACCGUGUCGAGCAGCCUGGACAGCCUGUCGGGCGGCGAGUGCGAGAUGGCGCCCCACUCGCCGCAGCGGGGCGCGACCGGCCCGCCGCCGCACGCUCAGCCGCACGCCCCGCCGCCGCCCUACGUGCAGCCGCCGCCCACCUACCCGCCACCGCCGCAGUGGCCCGUGGCGCCGCCCAACGUGUACGUCAGCCAGGUCACGGCCAACGUGAACGUGCACGGCUACAUGGGCCAGUACUACCAGCCACCGCAGCACCAGUACGUGCCGCCGCCGCCGCAGGUGGAGCGGCCGCCGCGCAACCCCAGGCGCGACAGGCGCGGCAAACGGCCCCAGUCGCCACCGCCCCAGCCGCCUCCGUACUACGUUCAGUAUCCGCAAUAUUACCCCGCGGCGCAAGCGCAAGGCGCGCCCUUAUACCAUCUGCCAAUGUACCAGCCGCUCGUCUACGGCCCGUACGCUUAUCCGCCGUACUAUCCGGAAUACCAGAUACCGGUUGAAGGCGACGGUAUCGAUAAGGGCCCGGAUGAAUAUCAGCAGGAAGUUAUAAUGGAACAGGAAGCCGUGGACGCUUACUACGCUAGCGCACAUUAUGCAGGUCCGGCCUAUGGUCCGCCAGUGGACGGCGGCGUGGAAUACAUGCCACCAAUGUACUUACCGCCGCCACCUCAUCCUGGACCGAUUCCAAUACAACCGCAACUCCCACACCAAUCGACGCCCCAUCAGUUUAAUGUGCAUGCUAAGAAUUUCGUUCAAGGCCAGAACCACACCAAAAACUACGCGACUCUCGACAAGGGUGAUAAAAAUGUUCCAGCCACGGCAUCGGCCACCAAUGCUUCUGGAGGAUCGGUCGAAUCACUAGCUAUUAAAGAUCUUAAAAUCGCUAAUAAGGAUCCAACUAGUCCCAAACAAUCAGAUCGCCCAAGCGAAAAUCAGUCAAAAGCUUUAAUGUCUAAUGACAAAGUUGCAACAACAGCCAAAUUAGAUCCUACAAAAACUGCGUGUUCGCUAAAUGAAAACAAACUUACAGAUAUUAAUAGUCUAGCUCAAAAUGUAAAUAAGAAUUAUCUCCCUGCCGCUUCAAAUGGUCAACCUAACAAUAAAUCACUACCUGCCAUUGGAAAAAGUGCCAAAGGGCCAGCGGCGCCAUUUUCCGGGGGAAAACCACCUCAAAAGCCAUUAGUUCCGCAGACAGCAGUACCAGUACAAUCUGUUUCCACUCCAAAGCCGCCAUUUGGAAACAGGCAGAAGAGAGAAGGAACAAAUCGCUCUCCAUCCAGUGAUAACAUUGAAGGCGACAAAUUAAUGGAGCAUCAAAAGCGCGAACCACCACUGCCGCCGAGCAAAGCACCAAUGCCAAUAUCUAUUACUCUGCAUUCUCAAGGACCUCCAGUUAUUGUGACCAAUAAGUCGCCUUUUGGGCACUCAAGAAAAAUUGUACCUAUCCCCGAACCGCCCCCAGUGCCGCAGCCACCGCCGCCAGCGCCGACAGCUUCAGAUUUCCCACCUCCUCCGACCCCUAGAAAUAGGGGUGAGCCAGCACCAGCCCCAGUGGUUCAACCAAAUCCACCACCUGCUCCUGGAAAAUCGUGGGCUAGCCUUUUCUCCAAUAAACCAUCAAACAUUUCUGCUUCUCCACCUACUACAGUCCCACUUGAGGAACCAUCGAGCCCUACGUCAACAACGCCACCUAUAUCAUCUAACUUACAAAAACCGGUAGCCAAAGUUCCUCCAUAUGAUGCUUCACCACUCCAGACCACUAUUGUUGAUAAAGCUUUACCUGCACCAAGGCCAGUGACAACUAUAGCAUCUGUGUCGUAUUCGGAAAAGACGUCGGUCAAUGCAGUUAGCAAUGUUACCAGCUCAUCAUCAGCCUCAGUGAAAAUCACGACCACUCCUGCGGCUACUGAAGCCCAAGUACCAAUUCAGAAAGACACCUCUCCUGCUUUGCCUGUUCAACACUCGCCAUUCAGUGAUGAUCCGAAUUCGUAUAGAAUGGGAGAAUUUCUGACGAAGUACCAACUAGACAACAAGCCUGUCUCCCUUCUCCCCCGUGGUCUCACUAACCGAUCCAACUACUGCUAUGUGAAUGCCAUUUUGCAAGCAUUAAUUGCGUGUCCCCCAUUUUACAACAUGCUGAAAGCUCUUCCUUACCAGACACGCCGUGGAAAAUCAAGCACACCAGUUAUUGACUCUAUGGUGGAGUUGUGUUACGAGUUCGGGCCGUUGGCUAGCAUAACGCGUCGCAGCCGUGGUGAAGCGGGCCCCGGAAACAAUGGCACGGCGCCCAGUGUGGCCCCCACAGUUCCCGCAGGGCCUCCGCUGGAUGGGACCGCGGGCCUGCGCGUACUUAGGGCGCUUCGCCCCUUCCCUGGGUCACAAGAGGGCAGGCAGGAGGAUGCUGAGGAAUUCCUUGGUUGUCUACUCAACUCUAUUAAUGAUGAAAUGCUUGAGCUGAUGAAGCUGGUGGAACCAGAAGAGCCCAAAGACAUCAAUAACCGUCCUAAUGGUGUUGUAACUCAAGAACAACCCCCAGAGGAAGAUGACGACAAUGAUGAAUGGAAGGUUAUGGGACCAAGGAACAGGGGAGCUGUGGAGAGGCGCUGGGCGGCCCGAAGAACUCCUGUGGCAGAUAUCUUUAGGGGAAGAACCCGCCAUAGGCUUCAUCGUGCGCAUCAUCACGAUGUCACCGACGCUGUUCAACCUUUUUUCACACUGCAACUUGAUAUUGAGCGCUCUAACACUGUUAAAGACGCUCUGGAACUUCUGGCUGGUAAAGAUACUUUGGAAGGAGUGUCAGAUGCCUGGCAACAACUGUCUAUUGAGGAGCUACCAGUGGUCCUAUUGUUGCACCUCAAAUGCUUCCAACUUGAUUCUGAAGGCCACACAGCAAAGAUUGUCAAAAAUAUAGAUUUUCCUAUUGAUCUGAAGAUUGAUCCAAAGAUAAUGUCAUCCAAAUUGAAAUAUACACAGAAGCAACGUCUAUACAAGUUAUUUGCUGUUGUAUAUCAUGAGGGUGUAGAAGCUGUAAAAGGACAUUAUGUCACUGAUACUUACCAUGGACAAGUUGGCUGGAUAAGGUAUGAUGAUUCAACAGUGACUCAAGUCACAGAUGCUCAGGUAUUAAAGCCUAAGCCUCCUAGGAUGCCAUACUUACUUAUGUAUAGGCGACACGACAUGUUGCCUCCCCAUAGAGUCACUGGUAAACCAGAG